AUGGAGCAUGCACAUUUUCAGCACCUCGAGGACUUUGUGGGGCCUCCGCCCUUUGUUCAGCAUGUACCGCUCGUGCAUAUCGGUAGCACGAUCUCACCUUUCAAAGUCUUUGGGCAGACACAGCUCGACAACGGUGACUUGAGGGAGGAUCAAAGUCAUGACACAGAUCCUACAAUUCAUCGCAAAUUUUCUGCCCUGCCACUACAACCAGAACAACCACUAACCUCGACCCUUUCGCUUUCAACAUCGCUAUCGCCUGAGCGACUAAUCGCAGGGCAACGAACCAGUAUGAAUUCACAGGCUGUCAAUGUCUGUGAUCAAGAACAGCUACCUAACACCAGUCCCGAGCUCCACUCAAUCAUGAUGAAUUUUCUUGCCGACACGAAUGUGGGCGGUUUUGAGAUUUGCUUGCCUUUGGUUCCACCAGACGAAGAGAACUACACCGUGGAUAUGCCUACUCAUACUUCCUCUCGGAGAAACGGCAAACCAUGCAUGAGAUGCCGAGCACUGAAGAGAAAGGUAUUGGCUGUCAUAUAA